GGUGGAGGAGGUGUAAACAAACCGAAUUGAAAGCGAGGCGCCCGAUUCCUCGCGGUUACAUAAAAUAUCUGAAUACCAAAAAAUCACGGAAUACCAAAGGUGAAUCAAUCAUGUCGCUCAACUCCGGUGCACGCGGGUUCCGACGGGCACCGUCGUUGUUUCGCAACGGACUGGAACUGCUGAGGACUCGUUACCAGGGUAUCGAGGCACGGUUCGAGGCGAUCACGUUGCCAGAGCGGUUCAAGGGAACGAUCGUGGAAAAGUGGGCCACCUAUUGGAGAAAUCUCGUCAUCGACUACAAGGAGAUGGUCAUCGAUACGGGACGCGGUAUGCGCGAUCGUCCUGUUCGGAGCACCAUCUAUGUUUCUUUGCUCGCUGCUGCCGGCUACAGCGGGGCUCACAAUCCGAGCGAGACCGACUUCUAUGACCAGUACCGGCGGGCCUACAACCAGCUGUCGCUCGUGCAUCCAACCUGUCAGAAUCCGGUCGCUUCACAACACAUCACUUUCUUGGAGCGGUGCCACAACGAAGGUAUUCUGCGGCGGCUCUCGCUCGGUGUCGUCUCUUUCCUGUGGCUCGACAACUACGAUAAGGGGUUGGCCAUCUAUAAAGCCGUCUGUCCGUACCUGCAGCCGCGUUACCUCACGUUCCACGAGCGGAUUGUGGACGUCGGAUUUAACGGAAAGUGGUGGCAACUCGAACGCAAAAUGGUUGACUACGAUAUUAAUGAGGAAAAUCUGGGAAGUUAGAGCGUAAUAAAUAUUUUUCGUUCGUUACAACCAAAUCUUGCAAUCACUUACAUCACACGCUGA